CUCUUGUCACUUUGACACUUUUUUAGAAAAUCAAAACAAAACAUUAGCAGAGUUUUGAGAAUUGUAAAGGUUUUUUCGAAAAAUGGACUAUAAAUCAUACAUUUUCAUGUAGCGAAGAUGAAUUUGCAAACGCUUUUCCAAGACUUCAAUCCUAGCAAAUUCAUAGUACACUCAUGUCUAUUGACUUUUACCAUUUUUUUCGCCUUACGAUUGGAUAAUUCUACAAAUUGGUCCUACUGGACAGUGUUCUCGCCAAUAUGGGUUUGGAAAGCAUUGGUAAUUUCCGGUGCAACAGUUGGGAGUUAUGUUUGGUGGAGAUAUCCACAUUUCAGGCUGGAAGGCGAAGCCUACAUUCACUAUAAAUCAAUGUUAAUUUCACUGGCAUUGCACCUUAUUUUGCUCAUGUUUGAGUUGCUGGUUUGUGAUAAAUUAGAGUCUUCCAGGCACUUGUGGAUCCUGGUAUUUAUACCUCUCAUUUUCAUCAGCAUCGUGAGCAUAGCAGUUUGCAUAUGGGCCGUUAAGCAUGAAAGAAGCUUCGAGCUGGAACUUUUCUGCGCUGUUAAUGUUCUGCAAUUUAUAUUCCUAGCUUUAAGACUAGAUGGUUUCAUCGCAUGGUCAUGGGAGGUAGUUUUUGUGCCAUUAUGGAUAGUCAUGUGCCUAUCACUUGUCGGUGUUUUGUAUACUAUAAUAUUCGCAGCAAUAUUGCUAAGAACGCCAGAGGUAAACGCCCAACAAAGAAGGAGCAGCUUCCAAUCGGCCUUAGGUUAUACAUUUUUAGUAAUUCCUGUUUUAAUAUUUCAAGUAUUACUAGCUAAUAAAUUAGAUGAAGACAUUAGAAUGUCUUUCAUAGCGGUAGUUAGUCCACUUUUCGUAUCAUUUGUAACGUUAAUUUUGAUGUCCUUCAGUGCCAAAGGAGCAAAUAAAUGGUGGUUUGGAUUAAGAAAAGACUUCUGCUCGUUCCUACUGGGGGCCUGUCCCUUACUGCAGGAGUACGGCAAUAUAGCGUAUCAACCAGACAGAAGAACAAAUGGGGUCGAACUGGAACAGCAAAUGGACAAAUACGAUGCACAUAUAAAAAAAGCUGAUCUCAUGAAACCAGUUCUACCGAUCAUUAGCAUUGAGAUGCCUGACUGAAUUGGGGGUUUAGAGACGGUAAGAAAAAAACCGAUUGUUCAACUGUAUGGUUUAAGACGAACGACGAAGGAUUGGAGCUUAGAAUUAUGAUCAUUUGGAGUAUGUUUAACGAUACGGCAUCUACUGCAAAACACAGAAAUUGCAGUAAUUCAUAUGCAAAGAGAGGCUUUGUACCUUUCGUUAUUUACUCAAACAGCUUUGCCAUUAAAAACAACUAAAAUCCGAUUGCCCUUUAAAACUAGUUUCAAUACUUUCACUUGACAACAGUUGACAAACAGAUAAUAUUUUAAGGCUCGUUGGUGAUAAAAUUAAGUAUUGAACCCAAACGGUUGUACGUAUGCGAAGGAAACAUUCCGGUGUUAAUAUAUUAUGUAACAUUUCGACUAUCUGUUUUAUAAUCCAAAAGAUUUGAUGCCUUUGGCAAUUUAUCAAGUGCCAAUUUCUAAUAAGUUAAACAGUUAUGUAGUUAAAAGUGUAGUUUUAAGUGAUUAUCUGAAUAAAAUAUUUUGUAUAUUAAUUUAUUUCAGUUAAUACUGGUUAAACCAUUCACAAAAUUAA